UUCGUGGCUUUCCCAACAAUUCAUUUGCCACCAAACCACAACGAAACCAUCACUCAUAAAAAGAGAUUGACAAAAGAGAGAAAACGAGAAACACAUUUUCCAUUUUGUUGGGACUUGACCAUGACGGAGUCAACCAACGAAACCGCCGCUGUUGGUGCUGUAGAGAAGCAAGACGACAAGACGGAACAAGGCGCCACCAAGACACCCAAGUAUGCAGCAAUUUGGAUCUGUCCCAUCAGCCUUGAAUUGCCUAUGGAUCCUGUUACGGCUAUGGAUGGGCAUAUCUAUGAUCGUGAAUGCAUUGAGGCCCACAUUAAGAAGAAUAGCGGCAAUCUCACGUCUCCCAUGACUCGUGAAAAGAUGCGCCCCAUGCUCAUUCCAGCCCUUCAUCUCCACACCAUUGAAGCUGCCAUCGACAAGGGUGACCUUCCUGAAGAUCUGGUCAAAGUCUGGAAGGAAAAGAAGAAAACGCUACAACAGAAAAAGAUGGAAGCACUCUUGAAGAAAGCCGACGAUGGAGAUGUCAAGGCCAUGUAUCAUGUAGGAAGCAACUAUGAACAAGGAAACGAAGGUUUCAAGCAAGAUUCCAAGUUGGCCUUUCCGUACUUCAAGAAAGCAGCUGAGGCUGGGUAUGUGCUCUCAACAGCAGCAUUGGGUAACUACUAUCUGAACGGCAUAGGUGUGGAGCAGUGCCUUUACUUGGGCAUCUUUUUUCUAACCAUGGCCACAACCCAAGGAUCAGACUGGGCAGCAUACCUCUUGGGAUCGGCAUUUGCAAAAGGUUCCAAUGGGUUGAACGUAGACGAGUCAUUGGCCAUCCUUUUGCUGAAGAAGUCUCUUGGUGUCUGCCGUCUCAAAAAUUUGAAUGAAACUCAGAAGACUGAUGCUCGCGGCCUCCUGAACACGCUCGAAGCCAACAGCACGCCCUAGAUUGACAUCCUCUGAAACCCAUCCUCACCAUAGUCCGCUCUAACCCGUAGUAUCUUCAAGGUUUCCAGUUUGGUGAGUUAUGUUGCCAUAGCCAGCCCAGCUGGAGGAAAGUACCGCAUGCAGUAAUCAGUCCGAUGGUGAUUCCGAUGAUGCUGAAUGGAAAACUAAUAUAACAUUUGCAAACGUU